GGAGGGAGGGGGGAUUGAACCCAGACUCGCUACAUCUGGAGGGGCUGCUUCCGUGUCUUCUCACAGCAGCAGCAGGUGGUGGAGCUGCACUCGAGACGAAAGCAGAGGCCACUCCAGCACUGCACGAGAGACAGAGACCAAGACAAGAAGCUGCCACUCAUCUCGGAUCUCUGCGCAGAGUUCUGGGGGCUCUCACAGCGAGAGAAGAGGCGGAAGAUGGCCAGGAUCAACCGGCAUGGCACCGCCGCAGCGAUGUUCCUGGGGAUCUCCUGCUUCCUGAGCUGUGGUCGCUCCGCCUUGGCUCAGGGCCUCGUAAAGACAGAAGUUGGCUCCGACGUGCUCCUUCCGUGUCUCUUUAACGAGCCCGUCCCUGACGACGAGAUGGUCAGCUGGGAAAGAAAAUUAGCUAAUGGAUCAUCCGUACAGGUCCUCGUCUUCCACGACAAAUCGACUCCAAGACUGCCCAACAUCGAGUGGGUGGGAGAUCUGAGCCGGGGCAACGCCUCCGUCAAGAUCUCGGCCGUGGGAAUCGAAGAUGCCGGCGAUUACUCGUGCGCAACUUUUUACUCGGAUAUCAACCUGAGCAUCACUCUGAGCGUCGUUUUGAAAGUGGUGGAAGCUCCCAGCAGGAAAAACGACAACGGUAACGGCGAGCCCACCACGGGCAUAAUUUUGGCCGCAGUGGCUCUGCUGGUGAUCGCUGUCGCCGUUGUGGGAUUUGUCAUCGCGAAGAAGAUGCGGGAGAGGAGGAGGAGGAACAGGGACAACGAGAGCGGAACGCCACCAUCGACCGAGCUGCAAGUCCUCGCCCCGGCGGCGAGCACUGCUUAGUCUCCGCUGCUGGAUGAGCGACAUCCCUACGCUCCCCCCCCCCUCCCCUGCUGUGUCAGAGGGGGUGGUGGUGGUCACGGGAUGGUGAUCACCGGGUUGUUGUUUAUCUAACAACCACCACACCUGCCAACCCCUUGUCAGUGGCCUACCUUAUUACAGACCAAUUCAGACCUUAUUGGUCACCCCGCCGAUUUCGGCCAAUUGGAGCCGCUGGUAAAGUCACGUGGCUAAGCCGUGCCCUCGGCCAAUCAGCAACCGAGGGAACUACUUUAUUUGGAAAACGCCAUUUUUUUUUUAAGAAUCGGUUUUACCCUUUUUGGCAAUAAAAUACCAAACAGAAACCUUUUCCAAGGAAUCACGUCUGCAUUCACCAUACUUGCGGUGAACAUGCAGGCAUGCUCUGGUAGUAAAUGAUGAAGCAUUGUCUUUGAAACUGAUUGGUCUACACCAGAGACAGCUUUCUUUAGGGCCUAGUCUCAACUAGUGUUAGGCCAGAGGACGCCAAAAGGGGAACAGCACAAAGACAAUGCCACCAUCAGAGCAUUUAUAGCUGGGGUUGAUCAGCUACAUCAUGGGACCUCCCUUGCCAGUAUCACGGAUACGUGUAGCUAAUGCAGAACAUGAUUCCUUACACAACGUUUCUAUUUGGUGUUUGAACAUCUUAACACAAUUGCUGUUUUAUUCAUAAUAGAGGUUUUUUGGUUAGAUCGUGUAAAUAUAUAAAUGUGUCGUUAAAAGCAUCACCCGAUACAGCCAACUAGUAAGGGUUGUCACGUAAACAGAACGUGCCAUAAUCUAGAUUUGACGUGCCAAUUCGUUACAAGUACAGCACACUGGUGUGUUGGAGAGCCAAGCCACAACAUUAACAAUCUGGGUAUGACAUUUCGCCAGUAAUUACAACUUGCUUCAUCAGGCGACAUCCAGAUCACAAAUCUGGCUGUCGCCUGAUGAAGCAAGUUGUAAUUACCAGCGAUACGUCAUACAUCAAACUAAAAUAAUGAAACCUAUCAUUUUACUUUGAUAAUCCCAUAUAUAUAUAAAUAUACACCAUUCGUAGCCGGAGUGGCCCCCGUUACAAUCUAAUACGCAGCACGUGCGCGGAGUUGCUAAGGAAAUUAAGUCAUGUAAACAUGUAUAUUUUGGGGUUUUUUGGGUACAGGGUAAUAUAUUCGAAAUUGUCUCGAUUGACGUGGACGGUAAUACUAGUUUACGGUUUAACUGCGAGCGAGAGCGAGAGAGAGAGCGUGUGUACGGGUCUUGUGCAUCUUCUUGGUUCUUUCGGUAAAGUCACGUAGAAGGGAAAUAAUAAAAAUGAAACAUAAUAAAAUACAAUUCUCACGAAGUUUCGGCCACAACGCAAGCAGCCGUCCUCA